AUGAGUUCAGUCACUACUACUAUUAAGACAGAGCACUGUAACUUUACUGAUUACAGGGUUUACCCUGGCCGUGGUAAGAAGUUCGUAGCUCGUGACGGAAAAGUUUACUUUUUUAUCAACGGCAAGUCAGCGGCAUUCCACAAACGUAAAGUUAAACCCGCCAAGCUUAAAUGGAAUCUGGCAUGGAGAAAGGCUAAUAAGAAGUUUCAAACUGAAUUGUUCAACAGAAAACGCUCAAAGAAGACUUCAAGACCACAAAAGGCGAUUGUUGGCCUUUCGCUAGAUGAUCUUAAAUCUAAACGAUCUCAGGCAACCAAACCUGCCCCUAAGCUUAAUGUUAAACAAUCUUUAUUGAUGGACACUAAGGACAAGAACAGGAGGAGCUUCGACAAUUCUAAGUCUCACCAGCCUACCACCUCAAAGUCGAACGUUCCAAAGAAAUUACAAAGGGCAACUGUACGAAAUUAA